AUGGAUUUUUGGUCAUUACAAGGAGUAACAAGUAUAUCAUCAACGAUAGAUGAGAUAUUAAAGAAAAAGGGAUGUCAAAUAGAAGAAAUAUUUGAAGAUCCACAUUAUUUAUUAGAAUUAAAAUCUAAUGAAAGAUUGAUUGAAUUUGUUUUAAAAGAAGAAAAUAUAGAAAAAAGUAUUAAAUAUAUUUGUGAUGGAGAAAGUGGGAAAAAAGGAGGAAUGGCAUCAGAAACAUUUUCAAGUGAAGUAGAAAAGAUUCAAGAAGAAAUAAUUAAAAGAAAAGAAAUUCAAGAGAAAUUAAUAGAAACAUUUAUAAAAGAAAAAGAUAAAAGAGUACUAAAUAAUAUAGUAAAUAUAUUAAUAGCAUUAAAUAAAAGAGAAGAAUUUAAAAAAGAAAUAGGAAAGAAAGAAAAAAUGAUAAAUAAUUUAUAUGACAAUUUAAAUGAAUCAAUUAAAAGUAAUUAUUUACUUUUAUUAAUUCAAACAAAUACAAUUGAAAAUAAUAAUAUGAAUAAAUUUAUAGAGAAAAUAAUAGAAGGAAAAUAUAUUGAAGAGAUUGAAGUAAUUUUAAAAGAAAUUAUGGAAUGGGAGAAUUCAAUAAGUCAAAAAAUGUAUGAAGAAUUUAUUAAAUCAGAUAAAAUAGAAGAAUAUUUUGAAAAUAUUAUUUUAAAUAAAGGAGAUAAAAAAAAAGAAUUAAUUCAUAUUUUAAGAAUAAUAUUACCACUUAAGAAAGAAAAUAAUAUUAAACAAGAAAAAAUGAUAAAAGGAUUAGAAAAAGUAAUAGAAAAUAUAGAAAAAGAUAUUAAAAUUAAAGAAGAAAAAAUUGAAGAAGAAAUAAUUGAUUUUGAACAUAUUAUUGAAUAUUGUAUUGAAUAUGAAGCAGAAAUAAUUGAAAGAAAAGGAGAAGAAAUUAUUUCAAAACUUCUUUCAAUAUAUUUAAUAAAAAAAAACAAUUCAAGUAUUUAUCGACAAUAUUUAAAUGAUAUUUUUACAAUUCUUAUUAAAAAGAAUAAAAAUUUAAUUAAUAAUAUUUUAAAAAAUUAUAAAUUAACUGAACAAUUAAUUGAAAAUGAUAAAUUAUUAUUAAAAGAUCAUUUUAAAUUCGAUUUAUAUAUAUUUGAAUAUUAUUUAAUGAUUCAACUCUAUUCUAUUACAAAAGAUGAUCUUUCUUAUAAUAUUUUUAAUGACUAUAUUCUUAAAGAAGUUCUUCCUAGACAAGAAAAUAAUACUAUUUAUUUUAAAAAACCUUCUACUAUUUCAUCUAACAAUAAUCAAAUUAAACCUUUUCUUAUUGAUGAAAUUGACCAAUUAAAUUCUUCUCUUUCUAUUAAUGAAAAUCCUUCUUCAUCUUCAACAAAUUUAUUUGACUUUAAAAAUACUUCUAAUUUUAAUGAUGAAUCUUCUACUUUCAAUUUUAAUUCUUCUUCUUUUGGUGAUACUCAUCCAUCAAAUCUUGUUUCUUCUAAACCUAAUUUUGAUGAAUCAAAGAAUUCUUUCAAUUUCGAUUCUUUUUCUUUUGAUUCUACUGAUUUCGGAGAUUUUAAUUAA